CCGCUUCCUGCCGGAGUCGGACCGAGCGACCGACCGACCCCGGGGCCGCUGGAUCACAUGACAGAAGCAGUAAGCUGGCUACUAGCCUCGCGGGCUAACACGCUAGCUCCGGUUGUCAGAGCCGCUGUCAACACGAGCCACGGACGGACUGACGGACGGACGUAGCCCGCCCGGACUAAAAACUACUUCACAAAAAAAACAAAACCUCACGGCAUUUUAGCAAAAGCGAGUCAUCUUCCUUUCUACCCGCCUCCGUUCAAGAUAUCAAGACAUUAAACUUCCACCCACUUAAGUCACGGUGGUUUUGGGCAAUCGAGUCUCCUCGAGGGGGGAGAAAAAAAAGCCCUUCUCCGCCAGCGCAGGGAUAUUGACACGCUGAGCUCGUGGACUCACUCCCAUGGGCGAGAUGGAUCGGCCGUAAAUAAGACAUCGACUUCAGAGGUAACACGUUGAUUUCGUAAUGACAAGCUGCUGUGCAGAAGAUGUCCACGCUGUCUGUGACUGAUAUCCCAGAUGUUGGUCAUGAUGAGAGUAAGGUGUUUGAAAGGGCCUCUGAGCUGCAGCUGGACUGCAUGGUUGAGGAGAACGGCGGAGGCGCCGCAGUGAAGCGCGACGCCCCGCUGUCGCUGGCUGACCUCUCCCAGCCCGAUGACCUCCACGCCCCCCCUCUCAACGAGAUGAGCAGCCCUCUGCCGGUGGAGCUGAGCGACAUCAAGCUGGAUCCGGCUGCAGCGGACACACCUGCCAGCAUAGAUGGUCAGCCGGUGAAGAGGAAGAAGGGGCCUGCGCCGAAGAUGCUGGGCAACGAGGUGUGCAGCGUGUGUGGCGACAAGGCCUCUGGUUUCCACUACAACGUGUUGAGCUGCGAAGGCUGCAAGGGCUUCUUCCGACGCAGCGUCAUCAAGAGUGCCCAGUACUCCUGCAAGAACAACGGCCGCUGCGAGAUGGACAUGUACAUGCGCCGCAAGUGCCAGCAGUGUCGCCUGCGCAAGUGUCGGGAGGCGGGGAUGCUGGAGCAGUGUGUGCUCUCGGAGGAGCAAAUCAGAUUAAAGAAGAUGAAGAAGCAGCACGAGGAGGAGACGGCCCGCACGUCCACGGUGGUCACGCCCACACCUCCGGCGGAGGCGGCCGCACUGGAGCCUCAGCAGCAGGAGAUGAUCGAGAAGCUGGUGUCCAUGCAGAAGCAAUGCAACAAGAGGUCGUUCCUCGACCGGCCCAAAGUGACGCCAUGGCCACAGAGUCAGGACCUGCAGAACCGAGAGGUGCGUCAGCAGCGGUUCGCCCACUUCACGGAGCUCGCGAUCAUGUCGGUGCAGGAGAUUGUGGAUUUCGCUAAGCAGCUUCCUGGUUUCCUUGAGCUCACACGGGAGGAUCAGAUCGCUCUGCUGAAGACGUCCACCAUUGAGAUUAUGCUGCUGGAGACUUCGCGUCGUUACAAUCCUGCUAUCGACAGCAUUACAUUUCUGAAGGAUUUCAGUUAUAAUAAGGAGGAUUUCGCCAAAGCAGGGCUUCAGUUUGAGUUCAUCAACCCCAUCUUUGAGUUCUCGAAAGGAAUGAACGACUUGCAUUUGGACGAGGCUGAAUAUGCUCUGCUCAUCGCAAUCAACAUCUUCUCUGCAGAUCGGCCCAACGUGCAGGAUCAUGAUCUGGUGGAGCGGCUGCAGCAGCCGUACGUGGACGCGCUGCGCUCCUACAUCAUGAUUAAGAGACCACAUGAUCACUUGAUGUUCCCCCGCAUGCUGAUGAAGCUGGUGAGCCUCCGCACACUAAGCAGCGUCCACUCAGAGCAGGUCUUCGCCCUCCGCCUCCAGGACAAGAAGCUUCCCCCGCUGCUCUCGGAAAUCUGGGACGUCAACGAGUGACCACAAAACCUGCAACCCGCUCCGUGACUUUUUUUACGAAGCCCGAGAUGGGGACGUGGCACCCGGCCGGAACGCCGACUCCUUCCUGCGCACCUGGACAGGGACUGGUUUUAAGGUGUCGAGAUAAAAAAAAAAAAAAUUGCAGCCCGCGGAGCGUCACGGCCAUUUCGCUCUCGAGACGGACAGCUCAACGGUUUCAUGUUCAUAAGGAGAAACGUGAACACCUAGUUUUCUUUCAGCCUUUUUUGUUGUUCUUCCUUUUUGUGUAGAUGCUGACAUGAUUAUGGCAAUAUUUGAACACCAGCAUCAGGCUCCCGAGCCACUUCUCUCUGAUUUGAUAUUUGUUUUAAAGUUGAUUUCAAUCUCCUAGUGCAGUUGUGCACUCGCCCUCUGACAAUUUUUAGAUGAGUUGAGAGCAGGUUGUUCAUUUUCAAUAGGUGGAAGCAGAUACACGGUUGUUCUUAAGCAAGAUUCACAUCUGCUGUUCACUUUAUUCAAACGGUAGGUGCAUCGUGAUGUGGCAACAAACAGUUUGUUUGAAAAAUUUAACGUUUUGGCGUAGUCGCUCAGGUAAAGUCAAUGUGAAGUAGACCUCUAGGAAUUGGUGGCUUCUUUGAUUUUUAUUAGAUUACUUAAGUGUUCUUAAGUAAUAAAAGUGCAUAAGGGACCCUUUUGGUCAUUGAUAGAUGGCCCAUAAAAAAAUUUCAUGUAAAUUGUAUAUUUAUUUUGAGUACACACACACACGAAGAGUAUCCACACGAUUGUACAAUCACAUACUAACGCACAAGAAAGUUAAACUCAGACUGUGCCCUCAUUUACAGGUUUUUUUUUUUUACACAGAGCACUGAUACCUUGAAAAAGGUGGUGCUAAAGUGUCUUCAAAUUCAAUGUAAAGAUGAAGUGUUGGUUAAAAAGGAAGUCGUCUGCUUUUCCGUGAUCCUCCGUUCUGGUGAAUUAAAAACCCCCUUCACAAAGUUCUCAUAAAUCAAAAUUUAAAAAAAGUUUUUAAUCAACGCCCAAUUCAUCGCUGAGAUGCACUUUCAUUAAUUUCAUCACAAAACUUAAACGUUAUUUUCACAUUUUGAUGUGUGAUCACUAUCACUGGCAUUUAAAGGGCGUGACAAAUGUGUAAGCAACGCAUAGUGUGAACAGGAUUCAGAGAAUUUCGCAGCCUUUUUAUUUUUGAUAAUAUAUGAAUGAUACUGAAGUAGAAAGAAAAAGAAAAAAAAGUGUGACUGAGUAUACAUUAGAAAACUAACUUUAUUCAAAAGGUCUACCAUAGUCUGAGUAUCCUCCUCGCACAGGUGCUCGAUACAAACAGCUUUAACUGGUCAGAUUUUGGAAAGCUUUGCAAAAAAAAAAGCACCAAAAUCUUUUAUCGACAUGGAGUACAGCAGGAAACGAAUAGAAACAUUCUUGAGUUAUGAUGAAUGAUGUAACUGCCUGCAGAGAUCUAUGUGUUUAUAUUUUUUUCCUGUGCAGUGUAAACUUGAAGUGCAGCGUGACGGUGUCGGCGUAAAUGCACAGUUGUGACGUUUAUUCUCACGUCGUGUCGAGAGGAAUGAAAACUGGAAAACAAAUUAUCCGUUUGCAUCAGUUUUUUAAUUUUAUUUUUUAAUAACAGUGAUUUCAUUAGCUGUCUUGUCUACAGGUCAUUUACAGGCGUCUCCAUCAGAAUUCCAUAAGCACAGAUGUAAAAUCCACAAUCGCUCAAUCUGUCUGAACACAAACCAUUUUUCAACCAUUUCACCUUUUCAUGAGGUUAAACCAGUCACAAUCAGAGACUGUACAUUUGAAACUAUAGAUUUUGAUGAAUAAAUUUGCGUUUGACAGAUAAAAUGAAAACAUUGAGUCUUCGCUUUAGCACAGAAGUACAGAUACACAGGACUCGGUCAGGUACAAGUGAUGUCACCAAUCCAGAUCAAAUUAGAAGUUUUUGAUUUGAAUUGAUCUUGUCUGAUUAUCCACCUGGUGAUUGGUGAAUUUAAUUCAAAACUUGGGUUGUCUUUUCUUCUCUUUUUUUUUUUUUAAACCAACAUGUCUGUAUUACAUUAUAUUUGUUCCAAUUAUUGACUCCCUAAAUGGUCAAAUCAUUUUUUUUGGUUUUUAAUAGUCCGUUUUCACAGCCAAUAUUUCGGCUUGUCGCAGCAAAAGAAGCGCAGCUACUAACAACAUUACCAAUGAUAUAUCAUUAAUCCAUACCUUCUACAUCUGCGCUUUCCCACUGCGACGCGUUGAAAUAUCUUUACUUGUAAAGGAUCUAUCGUUUUGUAUCCCUGUCCACUGCACAAGAGAGGGGUGUGUCUCUCUUAACGGAUCAAGGGAAUGCUACAGGACCUACUAAUACAACUCUAAUAACGCCGAAAGCAUAAUAUUUGUGAGAAAAUGUCUAUUCUACCCAUCUGUGAUAUAAACAAUUGAUCUUUUUUUAAAAAUUUGAUUGAUAAAAGAAAUAAUGUCCAGUUGAACUGCGGACCAUAAUUCCCUUUUGCCCGCCUGGUGCAUCACAUCUGUCUCUGUGAACACUGGUUGACUUUAUCUCUUGCACCAUAAGAUGAAAGAUUGUAAACAGUAGCUUUGAAAAACAAAAAGCUGCCGUUAAGUCUUUUUUUUUUUUUUCUGGACUCCAGUUCUACAAGACAACAUGAGUUUCAUUCCCACACGUGUGCACCGCUACAUAAACAAAAAUUCCGGCGUUAAAAUCAAAAACUUGAUGCCGGUAAAAACUCAAACACUCGAGUAUAAUAGAAUAAACUUCCUGAGGCCGGAACACGAGAUGACAAAAGUCAACGGUCUCCUGGCGAUUUCUGACCACGUAUUGUAUUAAGCCGUUUGCCUUCCCACUCAGAAUUUGAGAACAUGUUUUUUUGUUGUCAUUGAUUUUCUUACCCCCCCCCCCCCCCCCCCCCCCCCCCCACAUUGUAUUAAUGUUUUGGAUUUGUUUUUGACAGAUGGAUUCAUAUUAAAAGAAGCCAACUAAGCGUCCGCGGCAUUGAGAAACCAUCCAAGCUAUUUGAUUUGAUUUGAUUGUCGGUUGUGCAAAACUUCAUUUUGGUUCCGUUUGAAAUGAAAUGUGAACUUUGCAUUUUGGUUUGGCCACAGACUUCACACCAUUAAGUAUCCUUUGUAAUAUUGGGGUAAAAAUUUCCCACCAUGCUUUAAUGAACCCCGCCAGGUCAACUGACAGAUAUCAUUUCAUUCAACUUAAAUUUUCUUGGUGUGCUGAACUCUGAUCAAAUGAGCAGAAGGCAUUAGUUGUCUGCUCUUAAAUCUUUGUGGGGGUUUUUUUUUGGUGUACAUGUCAUGUUAAUGCUGUAGGUAAUUUUACUGUAUAUACUGUAAUUGACAUCUGAUCUUGUUUAAUUCCUGUCCUCGAAGGGUGACGCUGUAAACAAUAUUGAUAUGUAGAAAUGCAAACCUAUUUUAAUACUUGUAACUCCUGAAGACCUUCUGUUUUGUAUGUACAGUAUAAAUUAAAGCUAUGCUGUAGUGCAA